ACAAGUCCCGUGUCUACAUACAUCAGUUGUUGGAGACGUUUGCUCCACUGAUGUUCGUAAAACUCACACAGGUUCCCGUGAACAUUCACACCUGGCGGUUCAUCUGAAACUCAGCCUACAGGGCGUGGAAAAGCUAGGAAUUGUUUUCGACGCUGGAUUCCCAACUCGUCGUCCAUACUUGCGUAGUUCUUCGGAUUUACACAAACAAAUUGUAUUGCCUCCCCGGCUUUUUUGCAAGGAAUAUUUUUUCCCCCUAUUAGCUUCAUUCGUCGUUUUGGUUGCCGAAUAAUGUAAAGCUUUCAUCUCGAUCGGUCUCGGGGGGUUUUGAUCGGUAGUUUGCGAAAAGAAACCUUGAUUUGGCAUCGCGAGUUCGUCCCCGAAAGUGUGUCUGCAGCGGUAUUCAAGAGGAUCAGAGGAAAAAGAAGAGGAGGAGGAGGGCAGAGGGGGAAAAGUGAAAAAAUGGAGUGGAGGGCCUUGGUAGGGUUGUCUCUGCUGCUGUGUUUUGGCUCUGCUUGCUGUGAUUAUACUUCGGACCAGUUCUCUUCUGUUACCAUCAUCAAUAAUGUCGUUCAGGACCCUCACACGGGCCAGAUCUAUUUGGGUGCCGUCAAUACCAUCUAUCAACUGAACUCCAACCUGCAACUGGAGAGCAGCACAGCAACAGGCCCUAAACUCGACCACCCACACUGCACUCCCCCAAUCACUGCCCAGUGCUCUGACGCAAAGGAAACAGACAACAUCAACAAACUCCUGCUCGUCAACUCUGUCAACAGCACCUUGGUCAUAUGCGGAAGUGUUUUCAGGGGCAUCUGCUCCUUGGUGAACCUCAACAGCGUGGAGAAACCUGUGUACUACAGUGACACCAAAGGUGAGAAGACAUACGUGGCAAGCACGGAGUCGUCUGUUGCUGUGGUUGGUGUGAUUUCGUAUUUCAUAGACACUAAUUCCAACACUAACCUCAGCGUGUUUCUAGUGGGGAAGGGCUAUGGUAGCUCAGACAGUUCGAAACUCGUUAGCACUCGGUUGCUGCAGGAGCAUGGCGAAAUGGAUGUCUUCGAGAAUAUUGUUGAAGCAUCCACCGUCCAGGCCAGCCCUUUUGUUCAGCGCUACCUCCAUGACUUUCGACAUGCCUUCAAGGAUAAUGGCUUUAUCUACUUCCUGUUCUCGCGCACUUCGGGCACCAGCGACAGUAGAAAUAUCACUUUCAUAUCACGCCUAUGUGAGAACGACCAUCAUUACUAUUCCUACACAGAGCUUCAGCUCAACUGCACUGCCAACACUGAACUUCAAGAGAACACAUAUAACAAGGUCAAGGCGGCGCAUCUGGCCACUCCUGGAGAAAUUUUGGGUCAAAAUAUUGCCCCUGUAAAUCCAAAAGAUAAAGUUCUGUUUGCAGUGUUCAGUGCGGAUGAGGAUGGCAGCCGAUCAGCCUUGUGUAUGUACCCGCUCAGCAGCAUCAACGCAAGGCUUGAAGAGGUGAUUGAGUCCUGCUACACUGGAGAGUUUCUGGAGGACGGCAAGCCAAAGACUGUUUAUUCGCCCUACACUUCCAAGACCGAGGCAAUCUGUAAGACCAAAAGAGAGAAGGAUAUGGUGAAGGAAUAUAAAUGUGGAGCAGAAUUUCUGCCCACACCACUAGCCAGUAAACCAGAGUACGCUCUAGCCGUCAAACCCAUCUUCACCCGAAAAGACAUGCUGACAGCAGUAGCUGUGGCAGUGGAGAAUGAGCACACAGUGGCCUUCUUGGGAACCAGUGGGGGAGAAGUCUUAAAGGUGCAUCUUGAUCCCAGCCAUUCUGAAUUUUAUCAGAGGAUUCCAGGGGAACGCACAGAUGGUGGGGUGAACAAAAACCUCUUUUUUGAUUCCAGUUCGGAUCACCUGUAUAUAACCAAUGGCAGAAAGAUCACCAAAGUGCCAGUGCAGGCCUGUGAAGAGAAGAAAGAUUGUCAUUCAUGUAUGUCCCAGAGAGAUCCAUACUGUGGCUGGUGUGUUUUGGAGGGCCGCUGUACCAGAAAGAAGGACUGUAGCAGUGGAGAAGUAGCGAAUGCCUGGCUGUGGAGUCCAAACCAAACAUGUGUCACUAUUCAGUCUAUUGAGCCCCCAAACAUCAGCUGCAAGAAGACAGAUAGUACAUGGGUGAAGAUUGAUGUCCCCUUGCUCCCCAGUAUUUACAGUCUUGAUAGGCUCAUGUGUGUGUUUGGUGAAUACAGUAGCCUCGCUAAAAUGGAAAAGACACGUGUCACCUGUGCUCUCCCGACCUCUCAGUACAUACCGGCCACACCUGAAACACAAGAUUUUGUGGCUGUACAAGUGAGGAUCAUGGUGAAUGAUGACAUUGAAGUAGCUUCCAGUAAAUAUGAUUUCUACAACUGUGCUGCGGUGGUGAAAAGAGCACAAAAUACACCAUGCAUUGCGUGUGUAACCAGUAAGUGGGGCUGCCAGUGGAACAUUCAGGAGCAUACUUGCAGUGAUAGAGAUGACACUGUAGAGGGCAAUCAUAUCAUCAAACAUCUGGAGGAUGGAAAGUGUCCACAGUUUGAGAUCCCAGAACCUCUGCUCAUUCCUGUUGGCAUCAAAACCCUCAUCACCUUUCAGGGCAAAAACCUGGAGGAAUAUUCGGGCAAAACCUUCCAGAUUGGCACUGAGCUCAUGAAACAGGUGGGCGAGGUGAUUGUGGAGGCUGAUGGGUUAAAGUACAGUUUUGAAGGAUAUGAGUUCGCUUAUGACAAAGAGCCAGAGGUGAAUGUGACUUUCUACAUAAUGGAUAAAGACACAGAGAGGAAGAUUGACAGCACCCUUAGAGUGGUGCUCUAUAACUGUUCUGUAAGGCGUGAGGACUGCAGUCUGUGUAAGAACGCUGAGCAAAAGUAUGACUGUGUGUGGUGUGAUACCACAAAAUCCUGCAUCUACAGAAAGCUGUGUAGCCAGGAGCUUGAGCAGUGUCCUCCACCCAAGAUCACUGAUAUUGUUCCGCGGUAUGGGCCAAUGAAUGGGCAAAUCUCUGUCACCAUUAAGGGCUCCAACUUGGGUAUAAAACAUGAGGACAUUAAGAGCAUCACUGUGGCAGGAGUGCAAUGUGUUCAUCAGCCAGAGAAAUACUCAGUCUCUACCAGUGUUGUGUGUGAGAUUGGGCCCUACCCCUCAUCCCCAGAGGACCUGUUCAGUGAGUCAACAUUACAUGGGCCAGUGAAAGUGGAGGUGGAAGGAGGGAGAAGUGGACAGUCGGAUGUGAAGUUCACAUACAGGGACCCUAUUCCCGAGGCUGUGUUCCCCUCUAAAGGCCCUGAAGCUGGGGGAACCCUCAUCACUAUCACAGGGCGGGAUCUUGACACUGCUAGCAAAGAUGACAUCAGCGUUAUAGUAGGAGGAGAGCUUUGUGAAGUGUUGACAUUUGGGCAGAAGAUUACCUGUAAGACUGGCCCUUAUAAAGGACAAAAGAUUCCCUCCGACAAGUUGACUGUUGUUGUGAAAUACGGCAAGGACACCUCCAAAGAAGUUAGCGGAUUCGAAUACUCAGCCAAUCCCAAAGUUUCAGAUUAUGCUCCACAAGCCAGCUUCGUUUGUGGAGGUCGUAAGAUCUUAGUGAUGGGAUCAGGGUUUGAUCAGGUGCAGAGAGCAACCAUGCGAGUGCUGCCCUCUUCUGACGAGCUUAAUCAAAAGUCCAGCAAUGUGGAGUUCGUACAGGAGGUUACACGCAAGAACGAGACUGUACUGGAGUUCCUCUCUCCGAUUGUGAACAAGUCUUACGAGGACCAGUCCUUAAGAACCAUCAUCCAGCUUGACAACUUGGUGGAGAACCUGACAGACUUUGUUUACCAUCCAGACCCCACUUUCAUCCGUUUAACCGAUAAAGCCAUCACAGAAGGCAGCAUCAUUAAUGUUAAUGGUCAAGGUUUUUCUAAAGCCAUGACUGCCAAAGAGGCCCAGGCAUUUGUGGGCAAUGCGCCUUGCUCAGUGACAAUACUGGAGGAUGAUAAGCUGUUCCUCGUGGCCCCCUUGAGCCCACCAACAUCCACCUCCAGACGCCAUCGCAGAGACACAAGUUCAGAGGCUAUGGAACUGCUGAUAAAGUUUGGAAAUGGAGAGUGGAAUGUCGGCUCUGUGCACUUUGAGAGGAAAUAUGAGGUUCCUCUUUACAUCAUCAUUCCUGCUGUCAUCAUUCCAAUGGUGCUCUUCAUUGCAGUGUCAAUCUAUUGCUACAGGAGAAAAAGUCAGCAAGCAGAAAGGGAGUAUGACAAGAUCAAAAAUCAGCUGGCCAAUCUCGAGGAGAGUGUACGUGAUCGCUGUAAAAAGGAGUUCACAGAUCUAAUGAUAGAGAUGGAAGAUCACACUAGUGAUCUAAGCGAAGCCCGGAUCCCAUUCUUGGACUACAAGAACUACACGGAUCGUGUUUUCUUCCUGCCCUCCCAAGAUGGAGCCAAUGAUGUCAUGAUCACCGGCAAGCUGAAUAUCCCAGAAUCACGCAGAGCCAUCGUAGACCAGGCACUCAACCAGUUCUCCAACCUCCUGAACAGCAAAACUUUCCUUAUCAAUUUCAUUCGUACCCUUGAGGGCAAGCCGGAGUUUAAUGCCAGGAAUAAGGUGUACUUUGCAUCUCUUUUGACUGUGGCUCUGCAUGGCAAGUUGGAGUAUUACACAGACAUCAUGAGAACGCUCCUGCUGGAGCUGAUGGAGGAGUAUGUUUGCAGCAAGAACCCCAAACUCAUGCUCCGCAGGUCUGAGACAGUUGUGGAGAGGAUGUUGUGUAACUGGAUGUCCAUAUGUCUCUACCAGUUCUUAAGGGACUCAGCAGGUGAGCCACUGUACAAGCUCUUUAAGGCCAUUAAACACCAGGUGGAAAAAGGACCAGUUGACGCCAAGAUGAAGAAAGCUAAAUACACUCUGAACGAUACGGGACUUUUGGGAGAUGAUGUUGAGUACAUCGUUUUGACCCUUCAGGUGCUGGUUCACGGUGAGGGUCCUGACGUGACCCCUGUCAAAGUGCUGAACUGUGACACCAUCUCCCAGGUGAAGGAGAAGAUCAUCGAGCAGGUGUACAGGAAUCUGCCAUACUCACAGAGACCAACGGUGGACAGCGUCGCUCUGGAGUGGCGCCCCGGAUCUACAGGGCAGAUCCUGUCCGAUUUGGACUUGACAUCACAAAAUGAGGGGAGGUGGAAACGGCUUAACACGCUGGCCCAUUACAAUGUGAGAGACGGUGCCACACUGGUAUUGUCCAGAGUUCUGCACACUCAGCAGUCUUUUUACCAGCACCAAGACAACCACGAAGAGAAAAAUGCUUUGCUGGAGGAUGAUAAAGUAUUUCAUCUGGUCAGACCUGCAGAUGAACUGGAUGAAGUUAAAUCAAAGAGAGGUAGUAUGAAAGACAAGGCCACCACAAAAGCCAUCACUGAGAUCUACCUGACCAGACUGCUCUCUAUGAAGGGCACACUGCAGCAGUUUGUGGAUGAUUUCUUCAGCAGUGUGUUGUGUUCUGGUACCGUGGUUCCUCCUGCAGUCAAAUAUUUCUUUGACUUUUUAGACGAACAAGCGCUAAAACAUGACAACGUUGAUGAUGAGACCAUUCACAUAUGGAAAACCAACAGUCUGCCUCUGCGGUUCUGGGUGAACAUUCUGAAAAACCCUCACUUCAUCUUUGACGUCCAUGUGACGGAGGUGGUGGACGCCUCUUUAUCUGUCAUCGCCCAGACCUUCAUGGAUGCCUGCACCAAGUCUGAGCACAAACUGACCCGGGAAUCCCCAAGCAACAAGCUGCUUUAUGCAAAGGAAAUAUCCACUUACAAGAAGAUGGUUGAUGAUUAUUACAAAGGCAUCCGUCAGAUGGUUCCAGUCAGUGACCAGGACAUGAACACGCACCUUGCGGAGGUUUCACGUUCUCACACAGACAAGUUGAACACUCAAGUUGCAUUACACCAGCUUUACCAGUAUGCCAGCAAGUACUUUGAUGGGAUUAUCUUGUCUUUGGAAGAGGACCCUGCUGCCCAGAGCAAACAGCUGACCCUCAGACUGCAGCAGAUCGCCGCUGCAUUGGAGAAUAAAGUGACUGAUCUUUAAUGUCAAGAAGCUGAGACUUGCUUGGGAGAAAGUAGACAGAGGUGCCACUAAAUCCAAAAGACAGAUUACUUCGUUAGGCUACAAAACGUCUGGAUGACUGAAGUUAUGGAGCCUCCAUUAUGUGAACAAGAAGCUAGGGAGCACACAGACUUAUCCCUGACCUUUCCUCUCUCCACGUGGCAUUUAAUUUUACUCUUGAUUCUGAGGGACCAAUAUGAACUCUGACCUGAGGGGUACUUGAGAAACUUUGAGAAGAAAAGAAUGAAACCUCGCUAUGGUACUUCUCAGAUCAGCACCUGCACAAUGAAAAACACCCAGCAUUUAUUUUUCUCUCCUGUGCCAAUAAUCAGAUGUUCAGUAUAUUCUUCCUUGUAGAUGAAAUGAAAUGAUAGUAUUAUAUGUAAAUCUAUUUUUACACUAAAGGCUGCAAGAGGCUUUAAAACAAAACAGAUUAAUUAUUGUUUCUGCGGACGCCUACUAUUUUGUUUUCCUGUGUAUUUUUUAGUGGCACUCUCAUUAUUGUGCAGUGAUGUCACUUCCUGUGGGUUCUAUGGUACCACUAUCAUUUUGUAUAGGUGUUCGUGAUGCUGAUGUCAAAGCCAGGCUUCUUUUGUCCCUCCCAAGUUUUGUAUUUUUACUGGUGAUUGUGUACAAUAAUGUUAAACAGUCAGUAUCUAAUUUAGCUACUAUAAAUAUCAGCGCGAAAGAACAGACGUUAUGAUCUCUGAGUGAAUGUCAACGUCCAAAACACAGCGUCAAAAAACAUAUGAUCCACGACACAGAGACAUUCAUAACAAAGACCAUGGAAGCUUUUAUGUCCCUUUGCUUUGCUGUCUCAAGUGCUGAUAUGGCAAUUGCAAUUUUAUAUAUUUUGUACCAUCUUUGCUUUAACAGUAUAUGUGCGCUGCAUCACAUGGCUAAUCAUUUUAUGGCACAGUUAUGAUUUUGUAUUUUAAAUCAACAAUACAAGACUGAUUAGUUUAAGGUUUGUAAUGCUAACUGCUUUUCUUAAAAGGGUAUUUCACCAAAAAAUGUCACUUGUCACACUCACCCUUAUGUUGUGCCAAUGGGAAAAAGAGCAGCUUCAGCGUCUUGUGUUCCACGGAAGAAAGCCACGCAGGUUUUGGAACAACAUAAGGUUGAAAAUGACAAAAUUUUAGUUUUUACAGAUAUUUUUAACAGACAUGUACAGUUUGGUCUUUUUGGUUUAGAGUUUACCAAAGUUUAAAAUCUUUUUUUUUUUUUUUUUUUCUUCUUCAGCUAUUCACAAUCACAAACUAUAGGAGUGGUUCCCAACCCUGUACCUGGAGGCCCCCCAACACUGCACAUUUUGUAUAUCUCCCUUUUCUGACAUAGCCAAUUCAGGUCUUGGAGUCUCCACUAAUGAGCUGAUGAGUUGAAUCAGGUGUGUUUGAUUAGGGCAAUAUCCAAAAUGUGUAGUGUUGGGGGGCCUUGAGAAACAGGAUUGGGAACCACUGAUUAUAGCUUCUGUUGUUUUUAUUGUUUUAUAAGUUGUUUAAAUCAGCUUCAUAUCAAAUUAUCUAGCUUAAAAUGUAAUAACAAAAAAGAUGGGAAAGGCAGCUGAUGGUAAGUCUGUCAUCUAACAGAUUUUUUUGUUUUUUAAUCUUUGAAUGGUACUUUUUUUUCCUACCUGUACAUUCUGACUUAAAUGUGCAAAACACUACACACUCUAAUGACUGCAAAUGAGGACUGUAUUCUUUAUAGUGUGAGUAACUUGUGUUGCCUUUGGUUCCGGAUAUAAAGCAUGUGACAAAGUUGCAUCGCUGCCAAUCUGUGGCUGGCACUGCCCAUUUUGAGCAUGAUGGACACAGCAGGAAAUGCCUUUGAACUGUAAAUAUAGCCAUACUGCCAAGUUCAAAUUGUCAUAUUGCUCCUCUCUGUCUCUCCUAGUUUUGCUCUUAUCAUUUCUCUCUGCUGACUUGUGAUCCAUUGUCUAGCUACUACUGUGUCAGUGGCUUAUUGUAAAGCUUCUCAUUUGCCUUUCUUUACCAAGUAGUGCCUUAAAGAAUACGAGUAAUAAUUAUGAAUUGUGUGGUGAUUGUGUCUGCAUUAAAAAUUGCAAUAGGAACAUUA